CAGAAUAACGUACAAUUGUGCUCAAAAAUCGUUGGGUGCCGAGUUAAAUUCGUUUUAAUCGGAUCUUCGGAAGUGUUUACAUUACAUGUCAUGUGUAAAAUGUUUGUUGUGACCGCACGAUCGUAAAAUGUCCAACAGUCCAUCUACAAUAAAAUGACUUCCUUUGGCUGGAAACGGAAGGCAGGAGACAAUGUUUCCAAGUCAGCAGCCACUACAUUUCAAGAGGUCACAGGUCAGCAAGACCCUGACGGGGUAGAGAGUGAUGUUUCGCUGUCCCAUUGGGGGCAGGUUGCCAAGCAACGGAAGGUCAUCUUGUUGGAGGAUGCAAAAACCAAGAGCAAGAGACUUAAAGAUGAAGGAAGUAUCUUGGCUGAGGCAGAAAGGUAUUGGGAGGCAAUCACAAAAUGGGAUGAAGCUCUCCAACUUACCCCUGAUAGUGAAAACAUCUUAGAUAUGAAAGCACAGGCCUUACUUAUUCUUCAUGAGGUAUUCCCAGCAGUACAGACUGCUGUGUCAGCUGUCAAGUUAAACCCAAGAUGGUGGGCAGCUCAUCAAACACUUGGGAGAGCACAACUUGGACUUGGAGAAAUUAAAAUGGCAGUAUCAAGUUUUUCCAAGGCCAUUCACCUGAACCCAUGUGACAAUGAAUUGUGGGAAGAGGACUUGAAAUGGGCAUGUUCCUUACUCAGAGAAAAACAAAGGAUGAACUUAGACACAAAAGGAGAAGACAAUCUGGUCAGUGGUAGAUCCAGUCAGAAAACAAUUACCAGAGCAACAAGUGAAGAGGAUGAACAAACUGAAGAACAGUCAGAGGAAUGUGAGGCAGCUGUUCAAACGACGUGACAAAUCUUUAAUUGGAACAAGAACAAUUCAUGCACCAUUUUAAACCUAAGUUCCUUCAGAAGAGUAUUUUUCAGUGUAUCACAACUGCUGCUGAGAGCACGGACUACAGGUAAUAAACUUCUUGGUGACCAGGUGGAGCCGUCUUGGUGACCUGGUCAUUCAUCUUAGGGACUAGGUCAGCCAACUUGGUGACCGAGUCAGCCAUCUUGGUGACCAGGUCAGCCAUCUUGGUGACCAGGUCAGCCAUCUUGGGGACUAGGUCAGCCAUCUUGGUGACCGGGUCAGCCAUCUUGGGGACUAGGUCAGCCAUCUUGGUGACCAGGUCAGCCAUCUUUUGACCAGGUCAGCCAUCUUGGUGACCAGGUCAGCCAUCUUGGGGACUAGGUCAGCCAUCUUGGUGACCGGGUCAGCUAUCUUGGUGACCAGGUGGAGCCGUCUUGGUGACCGGGUCAGCCAUCUUGGUGACCAGGUCAGCCAUCUUGGUGACCAGGUCAGCCAUCUUGGGGACUAGGUCAGCCAUCUUGGUGACCGGGUCAGCCAUCUUGGUGACCUGGUCAGCCUUGUGCCUCUGAUAUAUUAUUGGUUGUCUUGCAGUGCACCAUGACAAAUGUUCAUAGCUGUAGAACUGUAGCUAUAUCUGUACGACACAUCCAAUUUGAUAUUUAAAUUAGGCUCACCCGUAGGUCGAUUUGAUAAUUGAUGCACUGGCUGGUAUCAGAUUUUAGAGGCUGUCCACAAUAAUCUGCCAUUUUGAGUCUAUACUUGCACUGCUUAUAAAUAGGUUGCAUAUUGUUCCGUUUUUUAUUUUAUUUUAAUUUCCUUUAAAAUUGUGAGUUUGUUCUUUGUUGUGUUGUCAGCUUCUUUGCUGUGUUGUUUGAUUGUAUUAAAAUGUAUGUGAAUAAAGUUACACAUACACCCAGUCAUCACACACCAUUGAUGGUAUCAUUGUAUGAUUAUGCAUAUGACUUCUACAUUACAUUGUUUCUUUUAGGUGAUUUACCUGUGCAAGGUCAAUGACCUGUCUAUAUUAUGAGGCAGUGCCUUAGGCAUGCGUGUUACUGCAUUCAUAUUUUGUUUUACACUGAUCAGCUUUCCCCUGCACACCUUGUGGUAGCGGCAGGCUCCUACCUUACCUAAAACACAUACAACAGGCUUCAGGCAAUAUUAUCCCUGGCCUCUAUUUUGCAUGCAAGUUUCACCUUUUUUAAUGGGCGUGAUGGAGGGACGGGAAUGAGAUGCAGCUUGUACAGUGUACAUAAUAGGACGAGUUUGGACAUACGGUCAUCAGGCUGUUUUAGCUAUGUAUUAUAAUGAUGUUGAGGAUAGACAAAUCGUCAACCAAAGAUAUGCAUUCAUUGUCCAGUGAAAUAAGGGCAUAGGCCAAGACCUUUUUUUACGCUGAAGCCAUUUUCGAUCGUGUUCCCUGAAUCUAUUUUACAAAUUGUAACUGUUGAAUGGGAUGGUACCAGACUAAAUUAUAACUGGAGUCAUGGUAGGUGCCAAGCCUCGAUUUCAUUUUUUUAAUUAAUGUGGCUUAAAACAUUAGGAUAUGUUUAAUUACAAAUGUUAAAUUAUAAACUGGUGUUACCUUGUAAUACAUUUUUAAUUCAUUGCUUUCAUUUCUACUUGCAAGUUCCAAAAAUGAAGAAUUUACCUCGCUUUCAAUUUAAUAUGGCUGAUUCCCUCCCCAACCAUUGGUGAACUGUGUUACUAUAAUAGUUCUCAAACCUUUUAUUGUAAGAACACAUUAUGAAGCAGCCGGGCCAUCAUUAAUUUACACUCUAGCCCAUCUUUCCAAAUCUUAAUUGGAUUUUCAAUCCCAGUCAUAAGGAAAUUAAUAAGGCGGUCAUCUAUAUUGCGGAUGGACUCUGUUAGUGACUAUUUGCGAUUGGUUAGCGCUAGUGGGGUGCACUUUAUUAAUAUUUGAAGAACAUUGUCCUUAAUCAUUUGAUUCUCACAAUAAACACUGGCUGUUUGUAGAGAGCAUUCAAUUAACGGUCGAGCGGGAAAAAGCUCUGAGCAGACCACUGUAGCAUUAUGUAGGUCUACAUCUUAUAGAUGUACGAGUUUUAAUUGCUUGAUAGAACUGUGUACGCAUGAUAGAAAUGUGUUUUGACAAGGUUUUUUUUACGGUGUUUUUUUUCUAUUCGUGCGAAAUAGUAAGGGAUCAGGGACCAGAUGAAUAAACGAUAUAUUAAUAUUGAGUUUUA